UUCUGAUGACAUCUUUUGCCGCGACAUUCAACAUGGAGGUAUAGCUCGGGAUAAAAUAGCUCUCUGUUACAGUGGCAUUGUUUUCCAGCUCUCUGUAGAAGCACAGGUGUGUUUCAGCUUUCUUUCGGUGUGCUUCCGGUGUGUUUACCCUAAUAAUGCUGAAGAAGAAGGCCAGCAGCGCAGAGAAGAGGCGGAAACCGUCUCAGACUGAAGAGCGAUCCGAAAACAAACGCAGAUGUGCGGAGGCAGAGCAGGGCUCUAAGGAUGAUCUGGCGGACGCUGAGCUGGACCGGAUCGGCAGCGACAUCGAGGAAGGCGGGUUGGACCUCACCCUGCCCUUCCAACCCAUCACCGCCUACGUCUCCGACAAGAAGGAGAUGCUGCAGCAAUGUCUGCACGUGCUCGGGGAGAAGAAGCUCCGCAAGAUGCUGCCCGAGGAGCUCAAGGAUUGUAAUUUAGAGGAAAUCCAAAAGAUGUGCUGGGAGCAACUGGAGCCCAUCUCAGAUAACAAUCUCCUUCAGAUUCUAGCAGGGGAAGACCUGACAUCUGGGAACACAGAAGAGACUCUAGAAAGCCAGCAAGACAAUAAUGUGGACUCUACAUCUAGCUUAAAAGAAACGUCAAAACCUGAUGACCCUAAACAAGAGGGCUCAGGUGAGGAGAGUGACGUCCUCAGUAUAAACGCAGACACUUACGACAGUGACAUAGAGGGGCAUAAAGAGGAGCAGGGUAAAGCUGUUGACGGGGAGGUAAAGGCGACUCCUGUAAACCCAGCUGCUGUAAACCCAGCUACUGUUAACCCUACCCCCACUACCGCCCCCCCUACCGCCCCCCCACCUGCAGAAGCAAAGAAAGACCUGCAGAGCGACAUAGACCGGAGUGUCAGUGAGAUCCUAGCCCUCUCUGCGGGCACAGAGGAGGCCAAAGAGCAGAGUGUGGCCCCUCCUCAGUGCACUGAUGUUAGCUCACCUGUUGCUCCACCCGUGUUAGGCCGGGCCCCUGCAGGAGGCCCCCCCUCCCUGCAGCAGCUGGAACUCUUGGAGCUGGAGAUGAGGGCCAGAGCCAUCAAGGCCCUGAUGAAAGCCAGUGAUGGAAAAAAGCUGUGCGUGGCAAAAAAUGUUUAGUAUGUUUUAUGUGUCCUUGGUUUACACAUUUAAGGACCUGUGUUAUUACUCCAUAUUGGAAUGUUCUAGCAGAGUGUUUUAUGAAGAAUAUAACACAUUAAGACCUGUGCGGCUGAAUAAAAGAUUAACAUUAUAGGGGCUGGACAUGUAUUGGUGUGUGGCCACUAGAUGGCAGUGUUAACCUGCGGUUCAGUUUAGGUGCUGUGUAUGAAAAGCAAGAGGCGUUAUCUACUCACAUUCCAGCCAAAUGCUCAAGUUCUUUUCAUCAUUAUGUUAUUUAGAUAUGCAGUUCGUCGUUGUUUGAGUUUCUGAGCAUAUCAGACGGAUAUGUUAACUCAUAAAAAGACAGCUUUAGUAGCAGCAGUGUUGUGAGGUCAUUUACCUGCCGUGUCUUUGAUCGAACUUACUAUUCAUGCACAAGUAAAAGUAGUAAUCUGUUUCUCGUUUUUAUAUUCUAAAUAUUAAAGGGAUGCUUAACCCUCAAAAAUAAUAAUUUGAUUAUGAUACUUGCAACAAAUUAAUAGAAAGUGUUUAAACGUAGUGCAGUUUUAAUGGAUGCGCAACUUAAAUGAAUUGAGAUUUUGGAUUAUUGUUCAUGAGUUGUAGGAGAGUUUCAAAAGGAUUUUUUUCAUACAGUUUGACGUUGCUAAAGGUGGCAUGCAUUUGCUUCUGUUCAUCACCACUUUUACUUUUUUUCAUUUUUGAGGCAUGGCAGAAAAACUAGGUUGUUUCUUGGUAAUACAUUGUGAAUCAUUGAUGAAAUGAUCAUUUUUGGAAGUGAGGUACUCCUUGUAGGCUACUUUCAAACAACAGGUUAGUAAGGUGGUUGAUGGGUGCAAAAAUGCUACAACGGGACAAAACAUUUCCAUAAGACGAAGCGCUCUGCUUGUUGACAUUUGUGGUGUUUUGUAUUUGCAAUGUUUUCGUUAUGAGGUGCAUAAACUAGAGGAAACCCAUGAUUCCUCUAGCUGGUAAUAUUUUGUAAAUGAUGCAGGUGUUGUCAAGUUGGUGAAGAUGUUGCUUCGUUUGCGUGUGUUUCGGAACAUUUGUGUUUUUAUAUGUUCAUAGUUUCUGAAGCUGCAGCACGUUUCUCCUACUGUAAAUGUUUUGGACCAUUGGAGCACUUUUGCACCCGUUGGCCACCGUAGCUGAGGCAAAGACAACAGAAACAGUUCCCAUAGAGUAGUAUAAACUAUGUAUAAAGUGAAAUAGUUCUGAUUAUUUUAGAGCAGCUGACCUCAGCUGUACCUGUUGAUCUUUAAUCCAGCAGAGGAACUUUUAAAAUGUUGUCCUGCUCUUCCUCGCUUCCUAUAUUGUGGCUGUAAUUUAUUUCUUUGUUCCUGUAGGGCUUUGCUGUGUGUGCAAUUACAUGCAGAUGCAAAGAAAACACAAUGACACGUUUGAUAAGAAGCCAGGUGCCUGGGUAUUUGCAUUUAAAAGGGGGUUAAAUGUGUGCAGGUAUCUUUAGAAGCGGAGAAUGUCUGCUUUAGAAAAAAAAAAAGGUUAUAACAAUAGGAAAGUGCUGGUAGUGUGAAUGAUUGCUGAGUAUUCAUCGCUGUCAUUUCCCCGCUAUUAGAAGGCCAAUUAUGAUUUGAUAGGAGCAGAUAAAAGGCUUUUGGAGCAGUCGCUUAAAUGAGCGGUCUGCAGGGCGGAGUGAUGCUGUUUUGUUCAGCGAGUUCUUUUUCACAUGAACUCUGUGAUCUGUGUUAAAAAUAUUGAAUGGUGCGAUUAUGAAAGUCAAUAAUAAGGCUGUGCAAAAAAGUUUCCGCGUGUCAUUUUACUUCGGGGUGAACGAACGAGUGUCCUCGAGAAUUAUUUCAGGAUGGUUUAGUUUUAUCCUGCUUUAUGUUUAACUUUCCAUCAAGCUUUUGGAGCAAAACUGGGCUCCACAAUGUUCUAUUCUUUGCCAAAACAGAGGUUUAUCAACAGAGCUGACCUUUGUGUUCUUUUUGUUUAUUUUUGUGUGUGCAGCGAGGGUUGCAGCCUUGAGUCGUUGCUGUUGCAAAUUUAAAAAAUGGCCAACUAUUUUUACUUGCUCAUGUUGGUUUUGGAGCACAUUUUCAUUUUUCUUUGUGCUUUCACUCUUGAUAUUUAUGCUUUCAAAGUCUUUGGCUACAGAGAUUUGAAAAACUAGCAGCUUGCAUGUUUUUAAAACUCCAGGUGUUACUGUCUUUUUUUAAAGGGCACAUCGUGUUUGCAUAAAUAAAGUGAUCUUUUUCAAAUA